GUCUCCAGGAAAUCACAGUGGGUAAACCAGCAAAACUCUGAAAAAAUUAAAAUUAUGCUGGGACCCGCGCAACCAGUGAAGAUGGAUCAUCCGAGUAUCCAACUAGGUGAUAGAGAAAUUAAAGCUUUGGAAAUGACUUUUGCUCGUCAUGCACUCAGAGUUUUGAAGAACUAUUUUGCUGAGCACAGCGGAAAAUCUCUUUUUCCUGAAAUUGAUCAAGCCGUUGGGUUAACUGUCGUAUACAAGAAGCCGGCGUUGACUACCAAUAGGGCACGGCUAAAAAUUCUGCUACCAUCGCCCCAUCGCACACCAGAAAACACGUCGGUUUGCAUAAUCAUGCCAGAUCUGGAUCAAUCAGCAUCGAAAGAUCCUGAUGUGGAUAAACAAGCUCGUCAAUGGGCAGAAAAAAUUGAAAAGGAUCACGGUUUAACUGAUCAGCACUAUGGAAAGAUUAUGACAAAACGUCAGUUGGAGAGAGAAUAUCGUUCAUUUUCACAACGUCGUGCUUUAGCAACAAUGUAUGAUAUAUUUUUGGUGGAUGUUCGCGUUGGGAAGGCGGUUCGCUCUUUUUUAGGCAAGGAUUUCUACAAAGUUCAUAAGGAACCUUUGGAUUUCAAGUAUUCAAAACCACUUGCGACAACAAUAGAACAAGCUGUGAAGACGACAGUUUUGAAGCUACAACGAUAUGCUACACGGAUACAUAUAUGUUUUGGUCAUCUUGGGCAACAUUUAGCUGAUCUCGGUUCAAAUUUUGAUGAGGUAAUUCGUGGUGUUGUAACUUGGUGUCCUGGUGGUUUCCUUAACAUACGAAGCAUUUAUGUGCAGCCAGUUGGAUCAACACCUUCCCUUCCUGUGUACAUGGAUGACGGUGAAAUUCUCAUUUGGACGCGGCAGGUCACGGGAAACCUUUGGGGGAUAUGGUGUCAUUAUUUGUUGUUUUCAGUCAGAAGAAAUGGAAAGAUUCGAGUAUUGAAAGAAGACACAGGUGCCAGUGUAUACUAUCCAACAGGUGUUUUAGUCGUAAUCGCUUUUCAUAUGUCGUACUAUACUUACUUGAUUUUAAAGUUAUAUGAAUGUGUCGUUUUCUUGUUCGGCAAUCGCGAAGUUUUUAAACAGCGUACAUUUACUUCCAUAAAAAACACAAUACAAUACAACGCUAGCUGA